UGGGCUAAAGUUUAGUCACUUUGCUUCUGUAGGAGGUGUGAUCCAAACACGACCUUAGCUUGGUGCCACAAUUUCUGCUGCUUUAUUACAUCCGCCAAUCAGUCGACUUGCUUGCAUUCAGUAUCUUCUUCUUUCCCUUCCUUCUUUAGGAGCAGUAGGAUUUUUGUUGGUUGGUUGGUUUGGGUAGUGGCUACCGGCAGAGGCAAAUAGCGCGCGGCGGGCAGAGCAACCACGUCCACAACCAUGUAACCGCCCGCCCACCUAGCUGCCUUCAUCCUGUGCACGCAGUUAAAGCCCAGCUGCCAGGACUGACUGCUUCCUUCUCUCCCCCAUCGCAUCCGAAUCCGAUCCUCCUCGAUUUCAGUUGUGAGAUCGACAUGGACAUGAAGGGGCCGCCCUCGGCGCCGCCGUCCAAGAAGGCGGACGCGCGCACUCUGGUGGCGCACGUCCUGGCCGCCGCCGCCGCCGCGCUGGUGCUGCUCUGGUGCGUCCACUUCCGCGGCGGCCUGGCCUUCCGCUCCACGGCCGACAAGCAGCUCAUCUUCAACGUCCACCCCGUGCUCAUGCUCCUCGGCCCCAUCGUCCUCGGCGGCGAGGCCAUCCUGUGCUACCGCUCCCUCCCGCUCGCCCGCGACGCCAGGAAGAAGGCGCACCUGGCGCUGCACGCCGCGGGCCUCGCCGCCGGCGCCCUCGGCGUCUACGCGGUCUUCAAGUUCCACGCCGAGAGCGGCAUCCCCAACCUCUACUCGCUCCACUCCUGGGUCGGCAUCGCCACCAUCUCCCUCUACGCGAUCCAGUGGGCUGUGGGCUUCCUCGCCUUCUUCUUCCCGGGCGCCUCGCCGGCCACCAGGCGCACGGCCCUGCCAUGGCACGCCGUCGCCGGCCUCCUCGUCUUCGUGCUCGCCGUCGGCACGGCGCAGCUCGGCUUCCUCGAGAAGCUCACCUUCCUGCAGGGCCCGCCCCUGCGCCUGCCCAAGUACGGCGCCGAGGCGAUGCUCGUCAACUUCACGGCGCUCGUUGUGCUCCUCCUUGGCGUCGCCGUCGUGCUCGCCACGGUCACCAUCGACGGCACAAGGUCCAACACCAUCAUGUAAAAUCAAAGAGACAUGCAUAUAUACAUGCAUGCGGCUAGUGUAUUGAGUGCGCGCGCGCGCGCUGUACGUACAAAUUAGUUAGUAUUGAUGAUUUGUAUUAAUUAUUACUCUGUACUACAUACUCUCCGAUGUAUAUAUGUGUAUAUAUAUAUACAUGUUAAUUAUUUGGGCUGUGAAAUUUA